UUAAAGAAAAAGAAAAACAGAGAGAGAGAGAGAGAGAGAGAAGAAGGGGUCCCUUGGUUUUGGCUUCAUGGCACCAAACCAACCGCCAUUUUCUUCAGCUUGAAGCUUCGUCUUCAAUUGGUAAGCAUCCAUGUCCCAUUGUACUCAUUGCUAGAUAGAAAAGAAAAAGAGGAAAGAGAAAGAGAUUGUGGAGAUAAAAGGGAAGGAGAUAAUGGAUGUGGUUGGUGAUACUAAGAGGACAGUUGGGACUAGGAGUAGUACUGGUGUGGUUGCAGGGUCUGUUUGGGAGAGUAGAAUGAAGCUCGACGAGGUUCGAGGUGGGAUUAAGGUCUUUAUUGCUGGCGAUGAAGGUUCUGAAAAUCAAGCCAAUAAUAAUAAUAAUAAUAAUAAUAAUGGGAGUAGUACUAAUAGUCCAUCGUCUGGGAACAAGUUGAGGAAAGGUGUCGGCAAUGGCGGUGGUGGUUCGAAGAGGAAGAUGUGGAAACCGGAGAUUUUUGAAGGUUUCGAGAGGAGCCCAAUUCAGAAUGGGAAAGGGAAAAGUGAUGAGCAUCAACAACAGGUUAAGGAGGUGAGUGGUGUUUCUUCUUCUAUUGCUUCUGGCUCUGGGGAUGGAACUAUCAAGAGAAGUCCGAUUCAGGGGAGGAGGCUCAGAUCUGAGGGGAAUGGUGGUAAUAAGGAAUUGGUGAAGAGCCCAAUUGGGAUGAGGAAGACGAGGUCGGAAUCGUUGAAGGAAGCGAGGGAAUCCGCCGAGGGAAUUGAGAAGAAUUCGGCGACGGCCGCGGCUCCGUUGAGGAAGGCCAAAUCGGUUUCGGUUUCGGUUCCGGCUCGGCCCAGUGGUGGUAGUGAUGAGUCUUUGAAGGGAAUUGGAUUGGUGAAGGUGAAGGCUGGGACAAAUGAGGUAUUGGGUGAAUCAAUGGAUGGGUCUGUUGAGGAAAUUGAGAAAAACCCGAUUGAGAGUGGGAAAUCUGGAUCUGAUGAAGGCUGUAAGGAGUUUGGUGUGUGCGAAGAAAAAGUCAUUUCUAGCAAUGUGGAAGUACUGGAAUCUGCUCCAAAAUGUCAUGAUGAUCAGGAAGAGGAGGAGGAGGAAGAGGAAGGUGAGGAGGAGCAUUAUGGAGAUGAAGGUGUUGAAGGAGAAGAGGUUGAUGAGGAAAUUGAGGUUGAGAAGAGUCUUGAUAUUAAGGAAAUUAACAAGGCAGAGCCAGAACAAGAAUCAAAAUCAAAGCCAGAACCAGAACCAGAAUCAAAAUCAAAGCCAGAACCAGAACCAGAACCAAAGCCAGAACCAGAACCAGAACCAAAGCCAAAACCAAACAGGAUUAUCUAUGGAGAAAAGGUUGUGAAUGAAGUAAAGAAGGUCAAUUUUGAGAGAAGAGACGUUAAGAAGUUUCAGCAAGCUUAUCAAAAGCAACCAGAGCCCAUGUUAUUAAAUGUGAAAAAACAACAACCUCCUGUAAUAAAAAGGGCCACUGUUCAUUCAAGUUUUGCGUCCGCUAAAUCUUCUCCAGCUGCAGCUUCGUAUGAUUACCAUAAUUAUCCAGAAAGCCAUAGCAACUUACAGAGUUUUGUGGAUUUGAUAAUGUGGAAAGAGAUACCAAGAUCAGUUUUCAUCUUUGGAAUUGGAACAUUCACUAUAAUCUCAUCUGCCUAUACUAAGGAUCUCAACAUCAGCUUUAUUUCUGUCAUUUCAUAUCUGGGCCUUGUUUAUCUUGCUGCCACUUUCCUCUUUAGAGCCAUUGUCUGCAGGGGAGUUAUAGACACAGAUUAUACAAGAUAUGUACUGGGUGAAGAAGAAGCAAUUUGGUUGCUAAAACUGGUACUGCCUUACUUGAAUGAGUGCUUGCUAAAGCUCAAGGCUUUGUUUUCUGGUGAUCCUUCUACAACAAUGAAGUUGGCAGUGUUUCUGUUUGUUUUGGCCAGGUGUGGCAGCUCCAUAACCAUUUGGACAAUGGCGAAAUUGGGAUUUUUUGGAGUCUUCACAGUACCAAAAGUCUGUUCUCUGUAUUCUGCUCAGAUAAGUGCAUACGCUAAAUUUUGGGUUCGACGCUUCCGUGAUGCUUGGGACUCUUGCUCUCACAAGAAAGCUGUGACUGUCGCGGUCUUUCUUCUCGUAUGGAACCUAUCGUCCAUUGUCGCUCGCAUUUGGGCAGUGUUCAUGUUGUUUGUGGCCUUUCGAUACUAUCAGCAGACCAUAGUGAUAGAUGAUUGGGUAGAAGAGGAGAGAGCUGAAGAUGAAGAAACGUGGCACGAUCCCAUUGGAGGAAGGAGACAUUGGCAAGUACCACCGGUACCACCCACUUUAGUCGACAAUAGUAAACUGAAGAAAAGAUCCUAAAUAUAUAAACACAUUCAUAUAUCAUAUAAAGUAUGCCAAUUAUUUUUUUUAUUUAAUUUGUUUCUUUUUUCUUCUUAUUAUCCUUUUUUUUAAUGUAAUCCUUUGUUUCUUUUAUUCUUUUAAAUCUUUUUUCAUUGUAAAUAUUGGAUAAAUAGUGACAUUUACUUGUCCCUCAUAAGUCAUAAUAAUUGAUACUUACAUAAAACACUUUUCUAAUAUAA